AGGUUAUCUAUAUGCACUCAAGUGUGCAAGGAAAACAUAUAGCUCCACCUAGUGAUACAGAAAAACUAUUAUUGCGCAUUGACAACAAGUAUACUCCACUGGAGGUUAGUAGACGGCCAGAGAUCUCACGAUUAUAGAUUUUUCCCCUCUUCCUUCUUCCCCGGAGGUGAUGAAGUCAUAACCGAGCCUUGAUUGCAAAAAGAAACCCUGUGAUUGCUUACUUAUUCCCGGGGAUACUAGAGCGAGAGAUACACGGUCGGCGGGGAGGAAGUUUUAUAUCAGUCAAGUCACAGAGUGCCCCGUUUUUCUACAACAGUCUUCCAUCAAGUCGAAUCAUCAUCAUGACGAGCGAGACGAGUCAGGCGCCACAAGAGGAGAAUUUCUUCAAGCAAGCUUGGGCAAGUUUCACGAGUAUUCUUCCAUUUUCAAGUGACAAUGAAGUGCCAGACGAGGUGACAGGCCUGACGAAAGAUCAGAAGGACCACAUAAGGAAAUCAUGGGCAAUCGUCUGUACGAUGAAGACCAAGUUUGGUGUCACACUCUUUGCAAACUUGUUCACAAAAUUCCCCAGUGCUCAGCAACAUUUCGUUCAAUUAAAAGACAUAACCGACAUGGAUGUCUUACGGAAAAGUCCGAAGAUGAAAGCUCAUGGCUUUCGGGUGGUUUCGGCGUUCUGCUCCCUCGUGGAGAACCUGGAGACCCCGGAUGUAUUCAUCGAGCUCCUUAAGAACACUGGGUACUCACACGGCCAGCGAGCUAUGCCAAUACCACAUCUCUACUUUGAGGAGUUAGGAGGCAUCUUCCUGAAUACGAUGGAUGAACUUCUCGGCGACAAGUUCACACCCAAGGCCAAGGAUGCGUGGGGCGUCGCCUACGGUUUCAUGUGUAAAGUCAUCCUCAGCAGCAUGGAUGAAGUGCAAGCACCCCAAUGAUUUUCCCCAUAAUUAUUCCAAUUUCCUUUAUAUAUGAAAAUAAUAUCUCCCUAAUGUCUGUGAACAAUAAAGGAAACCGUUUAUAUGCCUUAGAAGGCGUUUGAUUUGAAUGGGGGAAGGGUAUAACUUAAGGCAGAGUUAACUAUAAGUCCAAUGAUCAUGAUAAGUUAAGUUACGAAAGUAUACUCAUUGUAAUUGUCAAAGACAGGUAUCAAAACUUGUUGUAUUACUAGGCCUUGUGCAUAAUUAAUAACAAGCCUGUGAACAUUUGGGCUUAAUUGGUCAUCGAAGAUGCAAGAAAGUAAAACAACAAAAAAAUCCCUCGUUGCGUGCGUUCAAAUGCCCGGGAAAGGCUUCAUAACUGAAGCCAUUCUCAGAUUCAAAUUAAUUUGUGAGGUGAAAAAUUACCCAUUUUUCUCUGAAACUAUGUUACUUCAAAGGGGUCGUUUAUAACGAUGUUUUGUAAUAUCAACAGCUCUUUAGUGCUCUCACAAAAUAAGUUUUAUAUGCUCAUUAAUUUGUGGGGUAAUCACCUGAUGUAUACCUUCCCUUUAAUCCCUUUAGCCACUCAGUGACUAAACAACAGUAUACACAUCCAACGAUGAAAAAGUAUAUAGAGAA